UGUUCUUCGUGGAUGCAGGUUUCAGUACUUUCAGUUUCCAUAAUUUAUCAAUUUUAUGUUAGUAUUGGUAUUGUCAAAGAUCUUGUGUUCUAAAGUUAUUUUCAAAUACCGCAGUUUAUUCUCUUUGUGAUAAUCGUCAUCAAGGGACAACCGAGGAAUUUUUCUAAAAAUUCUUCUCCGCAGCAAGAUAAUUUGUUGGUUUUGUUUUUAAGAACAUAAGAUUUAAGUUUUUGGUCUCGCAAUCUCAAGAUGGAUGACAAAACUAGAGAGUGGCAGAUGGAAAUGGUCAUGGAAAAGCUUCGCUCCAAGUCACCGAAAGGCAAAUCAUUUUUCGAUCUUGCCAAAUCGCACAGAAUGGCUCUCUUGGAAAAACGCUAUCCGUUAGACAGUGUUGAGAAAAAUUUGCUGCAAAAAUGUCUCGAUAUCUUACAACACUCAGUGAAAGUCAACACUCUUCAAGCAAUGAUAGAGCGUUUAGAAAGUAUCAGUCGACAGCUAGGGUUGAAGUUUAUGGCUGGGCAAACGAACUUCGAUUGGUUUAUCUCUUCGGAUAUGUUUUAUCUGGAAGUUGUGCUGGAAGGAAAUGGAGGAGUGCGUGAUGUUAAAAUUCAUCAUGAAGGAAAAGUAGAGCAGCAGAGUUGUGCUGAGUUGGUCGAUUGCUUAUCAAAAAGAGAUUUUGCAGAUUUUACAACUCAGCUUGAAGGUCUCGUUUCAAUUUAUCAAGUAAACGCGGAGAAAAAAAUAAAAUGCAAAGCUUUCAGUGCCCUCCAGUCUUUGGAAACAGACCUAGCCACCUUAGCAAGUUUGCAGACUUUCAUAAAAGAGCCAUUCAACCUCGUCCACAAGUCACCGGUAGGAGCUUUAGAAAAGAGGAAAGGAGGUCAUCCGAUGAAGUUGACAUACUUUGUGUCUCCUUAUGAUUUGCUGGAUGUUGAAAACAAAACUUGCCGUGCUCUGCGCACAGAUGCCCUUGGCUCAACAGGGCUUAGCGCAACCGUUACAAUGGAAAGUUCCUCUGCACACAAGCUUCAAAUUUCUACACUGAUCUCAAUCAAUAAAAACUUGACAGGAAAAAGCACACCUGUUUAUGCGCCAUUGACCGUCAUGAACAGCAACUCGUUGCCAGCUGUAUUUGUUUUGAAACUGAGUGAGCCCUUGCCAAUGUGCAUUUCUCUUGUUAAGAAAAUCAUGGAAGUAACGGAUAUUGAAGUUGCAGAUCUGUCCUCUCCACAACCUCUCGUUUCUCUCAUCACGCAACAUUCCUCUGCAGGCCAACUAAACUGUGGAGUGAAUCGAGGAUUAUUUGUUACUUUGCCAGAACAACAACAUUGUUACUUUGUUACGGAGAAUCGGAAUCUUGAUGGAGUAGUUGUAUCUUCAAUUCCAUUCACCCACCCGGCUCAUGUUGCUCAAAUUCUCAACUAUCUACGUCAACAAGCCCUCUUCAAUACACUUAUAAUGUCAUGUAUUCGGCCCAAUAGUAAGCAAGAUGUGGAGAAAACCAUAAUUUUCGAAUUGAUGCCAUGGUCGUGGCAGCACAUCACUGUAAGUUUUAUUCAUCCGUAUGAUGAAAACAUGACAACUGCAGAACUUGAUUUAACAGACAUAGCAAAUCUGAAGUGCUCUGUAAACUCGACGCUUGGCGAUGGACAUGCUGCUAUUAUUGCCUCCGAGUAUCCUUCUAAAGUAUUACAAAGGAGCUUUUCCAUACCAAUCACGAUGAGAGCAUUAUUAAAAUGUUGGGAGAUGGAAACGCGUCUAGUGAAUGGAAUGGACAUUUCGGGCCUCGGUGGCUCAAACAGUGGCAACAUCGGUGGCAACCCAAAUAACAACAAAAACCAGCAACCUCCAAUCAAUGAAUUCGACCCGGAUGUCAAAAUCAAGCUGGAACCAAAUUUGGAUUAUCCUAGUCUCAAUGGGUCACACAAUUCGGAUUUUAAUAACCCAGGGUUUCAAAGCUUCUCAACAAGUCCAAUAACUCCUCGGCAUAACUUGGCGGAAACCAAUAAUCCCGAUUUAGUCACUAUUUCAAAAAACUUGGAUAGUGGGACUAAAAAGUUUCGGAAAAGAAAAUCAGCUGAUAGUUUGCCGAAGAAAAGUCCAAAAAGUAAGGACGAAUCAGAGGCUAAAUUGGGAAGCACAGAUGACGCAAGUGUUAGCGAUACCACCCCAAAAAGCACCAAUCCAGUGCUCAAAGCAUCUUGCAGUUCUACUCCAGAGAUAGCACCACCGGGGGGUAAUGUUGACUCGAAUAAAAGUAUCGGUGAAAAACUUGGGGAUUUUCAGACUGAUUCAUUUAUGGAAGCAACUGAGGCAGAAGACGAUGGUGUAGAGGAGUUCUUAAAAAGUGGUGCUAAGAAAAAUAAGAAAAGUAUGGUAGAAAUAACAACAAUUCGACCAAAUGAUAAGAAGUCACCAACUCAACAUGUCACCGAGUUUAGUAAUAAGAAUUUAGUCUCUCCAUCCUUGAGUAUUUCUCCAGUUUCAGUGAAACCUAACAUGAGCGCUCUCCCAAGCAUGGUGCUUGAAAGGAGACCAGGAAUUGAGAUUUUUCCAGUAGUCUCCUCACCCAUUCCGCAAUCUCCUGUCUCCAGUUCUAUCACAAUUACUGCAAUAUCAGCAAAAACAGUGUCGGACGAAAAGCUAAGGGAAAAGAAGAAAUUAAAAUCAGAACUGGACAAAUCGAAAUUAGAAAAGAAACGUAAGCGAAAACGAGAUGAUAGUCCAAUGGGACCGCCAGACAAAGUGCCUUCCAAACAAGACUCAAAAGCAGUCUUAAGCGUCAAACCUUCUGAAUCAGCUUCACCUCAACCUUCCUCGCCAGCAGGAACUGUACGCAAGUAUAAUUGCUCUCCAACGCAUACCUCAUUGUCAGGUAAAUCAAGUCCUGCCUCAAAUUGCUCAUCCAAGUCCAGUAAACCUGUUCUGGUAUCUCAUACGAGUAAAUCAACCUCCCCCUCUACUAGCAGUCCCAAAAGCAGCCCUAUAUCUGCCAGUGCUAGUCCUAAACACAGUCUUCUAGUGUCUAAACAAGUUGGUUCAUCUGGUUCCGGAAAACCAAGCAUGUCAACUCUAAAAUCAGCAGUUUCAUCUCCCUCUUCCGCUGCUAAAAGUGAUCCAAAGAAGUCCUCUAGCAAGGAGUCGAGAGAUAAAGACAGAAAAAGUUCAAAUUUUUCAAGCAGUGGACGCUCGAGCCCAAAGAUUAAAUCUGCAAGUGUAAAACUAAAGGCAUUGCCAGUAGAUCUACCAGUAGAUAGCACGAUUUUAGUAACUGACGGUAGCUUAGCAAGUUGUUUGGACCCCAAACAAGCAGUUAUGCGAAACCGAAAAGGGUCAUUAUCAGCUGUGAUUGAUAAGUUAAAAUCCGCUCAAGGUGGAACUGGUGAUCCUGGAGGAGAAGGAAAUGAUGGGGGAGGAGGGGGCGGUAGUAAUAAAUCAACAACGCCAACUAAAGAUUCUCGAUCUAGUAGCUCCUAUAGUGGCAAGGUUAGUGAUAAAUUAACGGGAAAUAAAGUUGACAGUGGGAAGAAUCCAGGUGAAUAUAUGGUAAAACCAAGUUUAGAUGGUAUGAAAAUAACAAUAAACAAAAAGAAAGACUCAAAAAGUGGCGGUAAAACUGUUGCAUCCUCAGGAACAAAUUCACCAAAAGGACACACAGGUUUGAAACCUGGGGUUCAGAGUGGGCCUGCAUCUAAGAAACCACAGGUCAUCACAAAAACGAACUCAAGUAGCAGUAUUAGUAGCAAAAGUCCGAGUUCCAAGCCUUUCCAAAGAUCAAACUCAUCCGGAAACCUAACAAAAUCUGUCAAAUCAACUAAUUCCUCAAAACCAGGAUCAGAUGUCAAUCGCAACAAGGCUAAAUUUGCAAGUAAGUUAGAUCCAGGCAAAAGCAUAUUUAGUUCUAAAACAGGGAAAGCUAGCCCCACAAUGAUAAAAGAUGAUAGUGAGUCUAAAUCAAGUAAAAUCGAUUCCGGUCAUCCUGCUCAAAUUCUCGAGAGCUUCAAACUCCUUGACACAAAAUUUCAAAUUCCAAAAUUAUCAGCGAGGGUAAACAACACCUCAGCGGAUAGUGAAGGAUCAAAAAAAUCUGCUGGUCUCAGUGAAAAGUCUUAUCACAAUAGUAGCGAAAGCACUCGGUCAGACACUAAAGUAAACGAAGUUGGGAGCAAACCAGAUCAUAGUGUAUCAAAGCAUCCUGUCGUCAGCUUGAAUUUAGUGAAAAAUGUGGAUGAAAACACUAGUAAUAAUGACUCCAGUAAAAAGAGUAGUAGUAGUAAAAUCCCAGAUACACCAGACACAGAAGCACCACCUCUCGAAAAUGUUAGUAGUUCAUCUGUCUCCAGCUCUGAGGUAUCUCAAAGCACUGUGUCUACGUCUGUAAGUUUACCAAAGAGUAAAUCUGACACGAAUUUAAAGCUGUCUAGCCUAACUUCAAAUUUAUCUGCAUCCAAAGAUGAUAGUUUAAGUAGUCUAAAAAUGGACCUUCCAAUCUCUAAUUUGUCUUUUAAAGAUAAUGGAAACAGUUCAUUUAAAAAAGUAGUCGAUUCCAGCACAUCAAAAACCAGUGAAACUUCAUCAAAAGCGAAUGAAGCUCCCAAAGGAGGGGCAGGUGCUCAGUCGCAAGAAGUCGCUGAGAUACUCAUGGAUUUUUCUUCCUCAUCGUUCCCGAAUAAUAACAAAACCCUCGAUACCCAAAAAUUAGCGCCAGCCCCAGAGCGAAUGGUCUCUUCCUUUCCUGCACGCAGGAACAACUCACCUUCAGUAUUCCCUCACUCACCCUCGGUUCAAAUUCACAUCGUCAAGUCGCCAGCCUCAAUUCUUCCAUCACCGCACUCUGCAUCUCCUUGUAUAACUGAUGAUGAGCUAAUGGAUGAAGCCCUUGUUGGGAUUGGAAAAUAAGAGCCAUUUUUUGAAUGGUUUUUCCGAAAUAUCUCCUUUGUAAAAUUGAUUUCACCAUUUCCUUCAAACAGUAUUAUGCUAAGACAUGUGUGCUUUUAUGAUGUCCGAAUCUGGACUACUUGAGUUAAGACUCAUUAUUCACGACUAUAGUUGCUAGUAAUUAAAUUUUAACAGCUUAUUUUUUUAUGAGUUUUUUUUUCUCAACAUUACAUAGAAUAUUAUGGAAGCGGCGUACUUUUGCAUGCUGUGACAGUUAAAUUAUUAAACGAGGUCUAUUUUUAUCAUUAUUUAGUGCUUGCUGAGUUGAAACUAGCAUUGCUCUUUUCAAUAGUUUUUUAAUUUGUUAUAGACCGAUGCAAUCAUGUUUAGAGACUUCUGUGCGCCUUUUCACACACCAAAGAAACAAUUUUUUCCUUUAUUUGACAGACUAUUUUAGCCUAUUUUCCAUCCUUCCUUUUGAUGGAGGAUUUUUAUGUGUCUGAAAGUCAAUCAAUGUUAUUCAUCAAUGAAAACUCCUCAAAGAGCAGAGUCAGGGAAUCUCCUUGGUUUACAAAUGAGAUAAAUAUUGAAGGAAAUAAAACAGCGUAAUCAAAUGAGUCAAAGAGACAAGUUUGAUCAAGAAAUUCCGCUCCAUUGCAUACUUUGGCAAUUUAUGUCUCCCUUUUUAAACUUAUUCACCUUCAUUUUCUGAUGUCAGAAAAUAAUUGUAAAAAAUACCUUGAACGUAGGUCACUGAGUAUGUACCUCUAAUUCAAGCAAAUUCUCCAUCAAAUCAGACACGGACAGAAAUAAUUGAAACCAGUAUUGAUUUACCUAUUAACCAUAUUAUUAAGAUGACUGAGUAAAUUUAUCUUUUUAUACUUUAAAUUAUUGUAUGAACUAUAGAAUAUUGUUUUCCAGGAAGAUUUUGAAGGAACAGUAUUGAUCAGGAUUAUGAAAGAAAUUAUGAUAAUGAUCAAAAAAAAAUUCUGCCCUCUUUUUAUUGAUACCUAAGAUAUGAAUCGAUAAUUUUUUCUAUCACUGAAGUCGGAUGCAUUAUCUCAUGAUCCGUCAAAAGCCUCAAUGGCACUAAGUGAAGAAUCCAUCACACACCAUAUAUUUUGCUUUUUAUCUUCAUACGAGUUUUACGAUCAUUUCAAGUUUACACUUUAUAAAGUACUAUUUCAUUAUGUUUUGUUCCGUUAAUUGAUAGAAUUUUGUUUCAGGAUUACUGAAAAUCCACCCCCCCCCCUUUUUUUUGUCCUUAUCUAGUCUGGAUUGUAAAAAUAAUGUAAUUGAAGAUAAUUUUUGCUGGCUCCAGAACAUAUCAUGCCAUUUCAAAUUUGUUUCAGUUCUAAAUGUAUCAACCUCACUUUUUUUUUUAUAACUCAACCGUAUCAAAGUUUAGCCGUUAGUCCCUGUAUUAAGCUUAGACUUUUCUUUUGAAUCAAAAUAAGCAAAGCUGCUUUUCCGCAUCUUGUAACAUUAUACUCUAUUAGUCAGUGACAGUAAUAGUGUCUAAAAAUUUUGUGUGCAAUAAAUAAAUUAAUCAAACUUUUCAUCAUUAGGAUACAUCUAGUCUUGUCUUCGUGAAAUAAUUAUCAUGAUUUUUCAAAGGUUAAAGGAAGUAAUUUCUGAAAAUGCAACAAUUUUCUCCCUCAGUCAUUAUUGAUGAUUAGCAUAUUCCACCAAUCAUUUCGAAUCUGGUGCGAUGAAUGAGUGUAAAUUUCAUAAUAAACAUAAAAAUGAACCGUGUUUUAUUCUUUUAGGGGAGUAUUUUAAAUUCUCUCUUUGUAAUACUUCUCUCCUAGUGUGGUACGUGCGUUUGAAUCCAAUGUAGAAAACCAAGUUAUGUAUUGUCAUUAAAAACUUAAGAUUUUGUCUUACCUAGAAUCAAUAAUCGUCUUCAUUAAAUGGGUUAUAAGUAUCCCUUAAAACUGGUUCAACCAUGCUAAAAUUUUACCAAGAUCAAUUUUAGCUCAUUCUCCAAAAAUUUUACUGCUUCUGUCAUUUGAAUUGUAUGACCUCUUAAUGAAAAUUUUAAUUUUAACAACAUACCUCUCGUCACUGUUUCACAAACACUGACCAUCGAGAGGUUGAUUUUUCAGGAGCCACAAAAUCAAUGCUAUCCUCAGAACUAUCCAAGAUAACUAUUUCGAUAGAGUCGAAUACUCAAAAUGAAUAAAGUGGAGAACUUUGUGACCAGUUGGAAAAAUAUACUUUGAGCAGAAUUCUUCUCAUACAUCAUGGUAGAUUUCAAAUACCCAGUGAUGAAUAGGGAGAAAAGAACCUGAACAUCGUCUUAACAAGGUGUGUAUUCAUAAUGAAUGUCUUAACCUGGUAUGUAAGAGACGAUGGUGCUUAACCAGCAUAACUAAAUUUCCUGUAUUCACUAGUUUUUUGUGAGGUCAACUUGUUCUUUUCUUUUUCUUUCUAUCUCCAUUUUCCUCUUUUUUGUACAAUGAGGAAAAUAGAAUUUUGGCAUAACGCAGUUUGGAACCUUGUAAUUCUUCCUUUUAUUUGAGCACCAAACUUCGGGUUCAGUGACUUCGAAAAACAUCAAUGGCUAAGGUGCAAAACCACUUUUCUUUCUAUCAUACUUAAUUUUUUCUUUGUGUAACUAAGCCAUGUAAUUUCUUGUAAAUUUCCUUGAUUUUUCAUCUCGGUUAGCAGAAUAUUCUGUAUGAAUUCCAAGCUAUGAAGUUAGCUUGUUUUUCUUCGAAGAAAUGAAAUGGGAGCUGACAUUUCGAAACACGGUAAUAGAGAUAAACUUUCGCCAUCGAUGCAUUUCAAGUUCCUGAUGGGUUGCAUUAAACCCACGACUGAAGAUGGUUGAAAAUGUUCUGUCAGAUUGAUAAUAAUGAAAUUCAUCAAUCUGACUACUGAAAGUUGGUGAUAGUAAAGACAUGGCAGAACAGAACCUCCUGAAAGGCUCCAAACUUCGUAACGAAAUUCGCUUUUAUUUUUCAAUUCACUUGCAGCUCCUAGUGCAGAAGUUUUAAUUAACCCUGAGCUUAUGAAUCCUUCAUGUAAAAGCCCGGGGCUAUUGUUGUCAAGUUGACUUAAUUAAUUAAUGCAUGAAUUUAAAUGUAUAUUUUAUUAGAAACUUUGUACCUAUGACUUACUUAUCCUAAUGACAAUUUAUUUUACUUAGCAUUCAAUUUGAAUAGCUGAAAAAAUACAAAUCCGUAAAAUGGGACUGUAUUUAAUUAAUGUACAUAUACUGGCAGUGUAAAAAUAUUCGUUUGAAUUCUAUGCUCUAAGCAUCCAUGAACUUCAGGUGUCAAGGUUAGUUCCAGAAGAGAAGCAACUUUUUUCCUCUUUUACCUCUGAAAGUUUAAAAGUAAUUAUAUUUCUAGUAUCUUAACCCGUGUCACAGUUAUCUACAAACAGAAAAAUAUCAUUCAAAGUUCUUUCUUUUUCUUUUAGUGUUCUACUUUUCAGAAAUCCUCCCUUGCGGUGUGUUACUAUUUGACGUUUUCCCAACACUAGGAUGUAAUAACUUUAUAUUUCAAAGCUGCAUAUUUUCGCUCACAAGUUAUACUUUUGCUGGGGAACUAGAGAAAUUCCAAUUGAAAAUUUCUCUGGUUUUACUGCUGACAAAAAAAAACAACUGCAAAAAUUAGCACAAUUCUAGAGAGAAACUGCAAGGUUAUAUUCUUGUAACAAAUUGAACUGUUGGAAUCAAUUUUGCAACGUUGGAAUGGAGUUAUGUCCCUUUGCCCUGGAUACGACAAAUUGUAGUUUCAUGCUUAAAUCAGUGUCAAAAUGCAAAAAUCAAGCCCAUUGGUAAUGAUAGAAUUUUGUGCUUUGAUCAGCCACUGAGUUUUAAAAACCAUUUAAUCAUUGCUUUGAUUCUUUUAAGUGGCGCAAACCUAAACUCUCAUCAUCGUGAAAAAAGUGCAGAUUUUUAUACCACUAGAGUCCACACCACAUAAGUUUGCGCACUCUCAGACUGCGACAGAAGAUAAAAGAGAUCUUGAUUCUUGCAUGUACUUUCAGUGCUAAACUGAUGUCACACGAUCUUCUGUUGCACUCUAAAGGUGCAUAAAUUUACUUGGCGAGGACUCUACCAUUGUGAGAGUUCUCGAAUUAAAAAUAAUGUUGCAGUAAACAAGUUUUCAUUUUCAUCAGCCUGAAGCUUUCAAUUAACAAAUGUACAAUGAUGUUAUCGUAUCUCUACCUGUCUUUUAUUAUUAUUCUUUUAGUGAUGAAAAUAAAACUAAUUACUGAACUAUGCCCACAUACCCUGUAUCAGUUAAUAAGCUUUACUGAACUCACUUGCCUGAAUUCUUUGGAACCUUUCCGAAGUUUACCUGCUCUGAUGAUUGUAAAUUUUGUUAUGUAUCAUUGUUCAAAAUGAAUUUUAGUUCUUAUGUUUCUGUAAAUUACUUCUCAAAGUGUAUUGGCUGAUUUAAAUGCAUACAAAGUCUGAGAUCAUUGUUAUCAGACUUUUAUGUACGCAUUAUUCUUAUUAUCUGUAAUCAAGAUAGUUCAGUACCUGAAUUAUAAAUAUUUUUCUUUUUUUA